CCCCGCCGAGCCCGCAUGCCCGGGCCCGCGGGCCCCAUUGGCCCCCGCGGUCACAUGCCGGGCGGUGGCGGGGCCGCCGCUCCUCCCCCGCCGCCCGGUCCCUCCCUCCCGCCGAGCCCCGCCGAGCCGCCCUCCCUGCCUGCCUCCGCCGGGCUGAGCGCUGGGAGCGGCCGCGAUCGCGCCAUGAGCACCCUCAAGGUCUACAGCACCUCGGUGACCGGCUCCCGGGAGAUCAAAUCCCAACAGAGCGAGGUAACCCGAAUCCUUGACGGGAAGAACAUCAAGUACGAGCUGGUGGAUAUCUCCCAGGACAACGCUCUCCGGGAGGAGAUGAGGGCGAAGGCGGGCAACCCCAAAGCCAUCCCACCCCAGAUCGUCAACGGGGACCAGUACUGCGGGGACUAUGAGCUCUUCGUGGAAGCGGUGGAGCAAAACACUCUGCAGGAGUUCCUGAAGUUGGCCUGAGCCCCGCUUCCCCUCCCAUCCUGGACUCUACCUGCAUCCCUGAGCGUCCUCAUCUCCAACCACCUUCACCUCCAGGUUGUCAGUGCUGUCCUGGCACCAGGACUUGUAUCCCAGCACGGGAAAAACCCAUGACCAAAACUCCUCAUUGCAGCUGCCUCCGACUCCCUCCCGCCUAACCCCGGUGUCAUCUCAGAGGGAUCCAAAGAGAGUGUGGUGACCUCGCUGCGCUUGGCCCGUGAGCAGCGCUGGGCCUGGCUCACGGCAGCUUCCAGUGCCUCUGUAAACAGCAAAGCCUCCGGGGCUGUGCGAGGUGUCCCUGGCCCUCAGCCCCCUCCUCUGCCUCGGGAGGGAAGGGCUUAGGGCUGCGUGGCACUUCCCACUUCUCCCAGUUGCUGUUAAAAUUGUAAAUUCUGCUGCCUCACUUCCUUUUUUUUUCUUCUCUUCUUUUCCCCCUCUUCAUCUCAGCUGCAGAGAUUAUGGCAACUAAGUACAGGGUUGGGUUGUUUUUUGUUUGUCUUAAUUUAAUGCAAAAAUACUGCACAGAAUUGGGGUCUGAGUGCCCACCACGGUGGAGCUGGGGGCGAAGGCUGCCUGGGGAAUGGGUGGGGCUGGAGUGGGAUCUGUGCUGCUCUGGCUGCCCCCACCCUGACCAGGCUCCCUUGUGAGCAUUAAUGGCUCAGGGCUGCCCCAGAACAGCUGAUGCUCCAGCUGUCCAAUCUUUCCUCUUGGAGUUGGCUUUUUUGCAAUCCUGGACCAAGUGCAUUUUGUUUUCCUGCCAAAAAGCGAGUUUAUAACCGGUGUUGUCUUCCGAGAUGCUAUUAAAUGUUACUGUACCUUUCA